AUGAACCACAACAUCCAGUCGCUCAAAUGCGUUGUGGUCGGUGACGGAGCCGUCGGCAAGGUGUUUGACAACUACUCUGCCUCGGUGCUGGUGGACGGACGACCGAUUAGUCUUGGACUGUGGGACACUGCAGGACAGGAAGACUACGACCGUCUGCGACCGUUGUCAUAUCCCCAGACCGACGUUUUCCUCGUGUGCUUCUCCGUCAUCAGCCCGCCCAGUUUUGAGAACAUUAAGACGUGGAUCCCCGAGAUCCGACACCACGCGCCCGGCGUGCCGAUUAUCCUGGUCGGCACCAAGCUCGACCUGCGCGAGGACCCGCUCACGAUCCAGCGGCUCCGCGAACGCCGCUUCUCGCCCAUCACGUACUCGAUGGGCCUGCAGCUCGCCAAGGAGGUCGGCGCCGUACGCUACGUCGAGUCGAGCUCAAAGACGCAAAAGGGUCUGAAGAAUGUGUUUGACGAGGCCAUCCGCGCCGUCCUCACCCCACAAGACCGGGUGCCGGGGCCCAAGACGCCCAAGAAGAAGCAGCAGAGGAACUGCGUAAUCUUGUAA